UACCAGUAGGCGACGAGCCGCUCGCCAUGUCAUUCAUCAGUUUUCUUUUGCCUUGAAUGGAUCGUGCUUCUUGUGUGAUGUGCGGAAAAAUUGUAUCUAUAUCCGUGCCCAGCAGCAGUAGCAGCAGAUUCAACAUCCAGAAGUGCUACCUUUUUUCUUUAGUUUUUUGUUGAGUUCGGCUGAGUAAUUAUCAACUUUUUUGGUUUUCGGGCUGUUCCAGACGGUUAGUUCCGAUGAAAAACCAGUGCAAAAGUAACAGAAAACCCUUCCCUGAAGUUAGAUUGGAGAUUUAGGCCGAUCAGUAAAAGGCUUCAGCCGAAAAAGCGGACAAUUUCUUGCUGCGAUUGAGCGAGUGACGAGCGCGUUGUGUGUGUGAGGACCGAAAAAAUUAUUCUGGGUGUGCAAUUUCCGUGCGAGGAAAAUUUUUACUUUAUUGGUUUAUUUAUUUUAAUAAUGAGUGAUUAUUCAAACCAGAACUCGCAAAAUUUUAGUCAAUCGUCAGCAUUUGCAGCCGCUUUACAGAGAGCUAAACAAAUUGCCGCUAAAAUACACCCGGGUGGUGGCCAACCGGUGAAGAGAUCGCUUGAGGACGACUCGGGACCAGAAUCGAAAAAGUUUGGAGGACAACCUGACUUCAACAAUGCAAACUCGCCGACUGGCAUGAGCCCAGCUGCUAUGCAAGCCGCUGCUCAAGCUGCAGCCGUAGCCGCACGUUUAUCACAAAUUAAUAAUAAUUCAAACUCAAACUCAGCAGCCGCGGGAACACAGGAUCCUGUCCAGAGAGCACGUGAUCUUAUUAGCAAAAUGGUAAACCAACAAGGAGGCCCCAACGGCCCAAUGGACAACGGUAAUCACGGUGGAAACGGUGGUGGUAGUGGUAGUGGAGGAGGUGGUGGAGGCGGUGGUGGCCGCGGUGGAUUUGGUUCGUCCAACUUCGGCAAUCAGCCCUACCAGGAAAUUAUGAUUCCCGGCUCCAAGGUGGGCCUCAUUAUAGGCAAGGGAGGCGAAACUAUAAAACAGUUGCAGGAAAAAUCGGGCGCCAAAAUGGUCAUUAUCCAGGACGGUCCUGGACAAGAAAUGGAGAAACCUUUACGUAUUUCCGGUGAUCAACAGAAAGUGGAGCACGCCAAACAGCUUGUAUUUGAUCUAAUACAAGAGAAAGACAACUAUAACAGUCAAAGACAGAGUAUGAAUGGAACAGAACAAGCUGAAGUAUUCGUUCCCAAGUCAGCUGUUGGUGUGGUCAUCGGAAAAGGAGGUGACAUGAUUAAAAAGAUUCAAGGUGAAUCUGGCUGCAAGUUGCAGUUUAUCCAAGGACGUGGAGAUGGACCCGGCGAUCGGCGUUGCAUCGUCCAGGGUUCCAGAGCUCAAGUUGAGGAAGGCAAACGUAUGAUUGAAGAACUGAUCGAAAGUGUUCAGCGACGCGAGCAAGGCGGUGGCGGACGUGGACCUCGUGGCGAACGAGAUGAACGCGGUGACCGAGGAGAUAGACCGCACCGAGGUCGUGAAGGUCACGACAAUGGUAACGGUGGACAGUUCGGAGGAGGAGACUACAGUGGUCCACAAGUGACCCGAGAAGAGUAUACUUUCACCGUUCCAGUCAACAAGUGCGGUAUCAUUAUUGGCCGCGGAGGAGACACAAUCAAACAAAUCAACCAACAGUCGGGGGCCCAUACAGAAAUGGAUCGCAAAGCAUCGGCAAACCAAACCACGGAGAAAACUUUUACCUGCAAAGGUGAACCUCAUCAAGUCGAGGAGGCCAAACGACUGAUUCAGGAUAAAAUCAACAUGGAAGUGAAUCUGGUAUAUGUCGGUUCGUCUACAGCUCCGGCGCAGCAAUUCCAGAAUAACGGCCAGAAUGCAUACGGCCAGAGCUGGGGUGGAUAUCAGCAGCAAUCCUGGGACCAGCAACAGCAGGUACAGCCAACUGCUACCUCGGCAGCAGCCGCCCAACAGCAACAAGCUGGACAAGGACAGGCCGACUAUUCCCAGCAAUGGAUUGAAUACUAUAGUGGAGGGCCAACUAAUCGGUCUCACCAAUCCUCUUCCAGACAAAUGGGUAUGCAUCGCGAGGCAGAGAUGAUUGAACAGCAAGUUAAGGCUCGACAGGCAGCCGCGCAGCAGGGAGCAACCCCGACACCGGCAGUCCAGACAACCCAAGCUAAUCAAACUGCUCCAUCAGUUGUGGCAACGAGUAACGCUGGAGCGCAACAGUCGGGUGGUGGCCAAGCAGACUACAGCGCCGAGUGGGCCGAGUACUACCGAAGGCUCGGUAGAAUUGACGAGGCCGAAGCGAUCGAGAAACAAAUCGCUAACAAUAAGGCUCUACAGGCAACGGCCAGUGCAGGAGGUCAACCAGGUGGUGCAGCUGGGCAGCAGUUCAAUGCUGCCGGAGCCGCACCAGGCGGUGCUGGAGGUAAUCCCCAGCAGCUAGCAGCACAACAAGCAACUGCUGGCGGGUACGGGGCACAACAGUACCAACAGUACUACGCAGGGGCAGCCGCAGCCGGUGGACAGCCAGGUGGAUACCAAGGUUACCCGUACGGAGGCGGAUAUCCUGGACAAGGUGGGCAACCCGGCCAGCAGCAAGCUGGGCCUGGUCAAGAUAAGAACUAAUCUAUGGACGCCAGAACAAGCUAGGAUGGCAUUCCAUAGUACGCUUGUUCCUUCAGCAGCCCCCUCCCCGUAACCCACUAAGGUAAGCGACUAUUUUGUUGCUAUGCUAAGCUCAUUCUCAUCUUUUUGUUUUACUUGUUUGUGUUUUUUCUUUGGAAUACUUUAUAUAAUUUCUUUUUAGUUUAAUAGUAUAUUUAGUUGUUUGUUUUACAUAUAUUGAUAUUCUUGGUUUUGUAUGUCACAUCACUAGUAUUCAAUUUUCACCACCGUAAUAAUAAUUAUUCAAUUUGUUUCCGUGAUAACAUAUUCUGUGAUAAACGGUAUAUUAAUAUUCAAAAUGUACUAAAUUUAAGCAUAUUUUUUCUGGGUAUAUUGAAAUUAUUAUUCAUAUAAUAAAUUUCACAUGCACAGCAAUCAAAUUUUAUUUUCAUUCUCGUGUCCCUUGGAUGCAAAAUAUUGAUGUUUAUUACAUUGUUUAUAAUGCUACUCAUUAUAAUAAAACUCCAGGAAAAGUGCAAGUGUAGAGUGCAGGAAAAUGGUGUUAAUUAAUCGGAAAAUAAAUAUUUUAUGGUUUCCAUUGAUAGUUUCUCGUUGUAACAUAUUAUAAUAAUCUUCAUUACAUUUCGAAUUUAAAACAAAUAUGUUUAUCGUGCAAUGUUCCGUAGUUAUUGAAUACAGACUUCAAUCGAAAUUUUAUUAUUUUCGCGUAUAUACUAGCUAUGCUCUGUGCAGAUAUUUUGAAUAUUGGAUUGGAUAAUUCCCCAUCUUACUAAAUUAUAUUAUGAAGGAAGGAGGAUCAAACUUAUCUCGAGAAAAACGAUAUUCUAUUUAUUGAUGUGCUUAUUUAUUACCUUACAUUUGAAAUUAUCCAUCAUUUGGAAUUGACGGCCUGCAUGAACGCGACGAAUUUCUGCUAAUACAGCAGAUUGCACAAAUUAUGUUUCACAAUUUUCAGGCAUAUCAGGAUUAUCUCUAUAACACAAAUUCGAUGUUUCAAUAGAAGCAUAAAAACAGAGUGAAUGAUGAAUAGAUGAUACUUAGAAUUCACAAAUAUUUCUCAUACUCAAUUGCACUUAACGUGGUGUUUUUUUUGUUGUUGUAUCAAACUAGAAUCCAAUCAAUCCGAUGUGUGAUUGUUUGUCAGUAGCCCCUUUUGGGUACAAUUUCCCCAUCUAACUGAACUUUUGUUUGCUUUUCUUGAUUGUAUGGAAUGCAAUUUCAUGUUAUCUUUCAGUAAUAGCUAUCAAGCUGUUCUGCUAUGCAACUUCAUUUAUUAUUUAUAACGUAUAAGUGUUUAACGAAAGAUAAUCGAUUUUCGCUUCUUAAAUUUUUUGAUCGAAUAUCCCAAAUGUAACAUAUGUUCCUCGGUUAAAAUAAAAACGAAAUCAAAAAUGAAUUGAUGCGUAUGGCACUGGUCCCACUAACCAGAUUUCGUAACUGGAAGACAUUUGUUUGAAUAAAACUGACACAAAGUGAUUUUUUGUUGUAGAUUUGUUCAUUUGAAUUGAAUAUAUCAAAUAGUUAUUUGGAUCAUUCAUUAGUAAAAAAUUCUUGAUGGAUAAUAAACCACAAUCGUUGUUGAACAGAUUUGAGCUAUUUUUUUUAUUCUAUUCGAACAGUUUUCAUGCUAAAUUUAGGCUGUGAACAAUUUUGCAAAUAAUUUCAACUUAAGGUUAAAAUUUGACAUGUCGGUAGUUAAUUAAAAAUAAAGUACACUAAAAAGUAUGCAUAUUAACUGAGUUUGAAAUGAUGCGUGAAAUUACAUUCGCGACACGUUAAUCCACAACACACGAUUUAUUUCCAUAUUGGUACAUACGUUGUAUUUGCUUCACUUGUUUCUACCUCAUUGGUAUUGAUAGGCAUGAGAAGAAAGAUUUUCUGUACUUAUUUCGCUGUGUUCGGCUAACCAAUAACUAUUCAUGGCUCUUUAUUAGCGCAACUUCUGUUGCGGUGGCGUUAAUAUGUAAGUACCUCCACAUUUUCCGAUGUAAUAACGUCAUUUUUGCGGCAGAUUACGUCACCACAAAUAAAUUGUGAUUUUAAAUAACUAAAUUAAAUUGCAAUUAUCGACAGCGGUGAUAACGAUUUUACUUGUGUAAUUGAUAGUAUAAUAAUUGCAAUACAAUGAAAAACUUCGAUAAAGGUACGGGUGUGUAAUGUCAGAGACAUAACUGGAUGUCGUGAAUACGAAUAAAACUGCCACUAUUUCUUUAUACUUCCGAUUAUCAAUUAGUUGAUCGAUUGUGUGAAUUGUGCAAGCUUUCCCCUUUUUCAUUGCUAGAAACGAUAUACCUAAACGAAAGUACAGAUUAGUUACAUUAAACUUUCUGACAUACAAUUAAAUAUAAAUAUUACAGGAUAACCAGUAUAGUUAUUUAUGAUAAAAUAAUGUAGGUUCUGCAAAAAACCUUUUAUGGAGGCGUUCGUGAUGGAGAGUGACGAGUUGAGUUCGAAUCUAUUCUGAGUCGAUGCUAUGCAUUUUAUAUAGCAAAUCAGCAGAAAGUUGUACUAAAAACUACAACUGGUUGAAAAAUGAGCCGUAAACAGUAUAGUGAAGGAAAAUUUCGCAUAAUUCUUUAGUAGGUAUACAAUUAUGGUUCUAAAUAGCAACAUACAGAAUUUUAAUGUCGAUUGCUUAGAUUUUAGAUAACAUUUAAAGCCAUUAGAAGGGUUUUGCAUAAUGUUCACCAUUGUUGUCGCUGUAUAUUUCUCCAAUGCAAACAACCAGUAGCAGAAUGAUGCAAUCGAUCUUCUUUGAAGGGAAACUGGAUCUGCGUCCUGUGCGUUUGAGGUUUUGUACCAUACAAAACGCCUGCGCUUUCAUUGCCGACUGCUGCUCCUGGCGACCGAAGUCCAAAUGAGAGCACGACUUAAGCGCCUGAGGUUUUGUACCACGCAAAAGAUUUGCUCUCGUUACUGAAGGCUGUUGCUUCUGACAAUCGAAGUCCAAAUGAAAGCACGAUCUGAGCUUACUUAUGUUGGUAUGAGAACCUCACUUCGACAUUAAGUUCCGUCUGAAGCAGAAGAAAAAAUGAACAAUUUUCUAUCAAAGUUUACCUUUUAUACUCGUUCAGGAGAUAAUCGGAACUGAUAUGCGCUUUACUACCUCAAAACCGUCGUCUGGGUGCGAAAAGGGCAAGCAAGCGUGAUGAAUUUUCCUCAAUAUUUCCAAAAGUUUUAGAAAUCUUUGUAUUUCAGUUAUUUAUGGUUAUCUGACGCUGUUCAAAAUUUAAUCAAAAAUUCCUGAUUAUAUUUCCGAUAGCUUGUAGACAAAAACAGUUUGUUGGGUUGAGGGCAUAUUCAGCAGUGUUCUAGUUCUAGAUGCAUAAAUCAUGCCAGUUACAAAAUUUCAAUCUGAAUUUUAUAACAAGAAAAACUGGCAGCCCCAGCAGUGUUUUACUCGUGUUUCAAAUAUACAAAAAAUAGAACGGCAUCGUAGACCAGUUUUAAAUUUGACAGAAGAACUGGUCGAAUAAAUAAAACUAGAACGGCUUGCUGGGGAUACGUUUGUUCCAGUUUCUGCUCUAUUAUAGAUCUUCCAUAUAGAACUUCUAGCUGCUGAACUUGCUCUAAGUACAUCAAGAGAUAUUCGCGAUAAAGUUCUGCCCAUUCUUGUACAUAGUAAAGUAAGUCGUAUUCAAGACAAAAAAUGGACUGGAAAUAUAUUUACACUUAUUACUGUGAUGUUUUCUUUGACGAAUAGUAUGAAAACAAAUUACACAUAAAUGAUUGUUACCAAAGAUCUGAAACUUGCACUUUUUGCAACAUUUUUCUAGUGCCUGGAAAUAACUAUCGAACUGUCAAAACAACCAUGCUCUUAAUUAUUAUUGACAAUGAAGAACUAUUCGAUUGUCAGAUUUUAACAAAAAGUUAAAAUUUGCCAAAUGGUUUACAGUUUUUGCCGUUCCAUUUUCUAUCUUUUAAACGCGAACAAAAAGCUGCCAGGGUAGCCAAUUUUUUUAAAAUAUAAUUUACAGAUACAAAUUUUAUAAAAUGUCAUAAGUCCCGGUAAAUCGCCCUUAUUCUGAAUAACGUCGUAUCGUCGUGGUAUAACUAUUCGAACAACUAUGAACGCGAGUAUUUUAAAUUGUUUUAGCGUGUGCCCGAGUUCUUUGAUGCAAAAUCCUACACCCUGUCAUCUUGGGUAAUAUGCUUUUCAUUUUGAUCUGUUUGUUUACAGCAAAGUAACAUCAUUACAACGUGCUUUAAGUGUCCUUUUAACAACAACAAAAAUCUAACGUGAUCCUUUGUUUUCCGUUUAUAAGUGCAUAUCAGGGUUAUAGUAUCGUAUAAAAAGGGCACACAAUAUUGGAUGACUGAUGCAACGUUUGAAAGGUUUUUUUUCAUGCUAACUUAGAAUCAACUAACUUCAUUUGAUGAAUAUGAAUAGUAUUGCUUAUUUUAAUUUAAUGUAUCAAUAAG